GCUGUCAGACGAGUUGGACGAACGGACGACCGUUGGAAAAUGGCAUCGUUGAAAAGCAAAUUGUUGAACACGGUGAUAGAACCGAUCACCAAUGAUCAUAACAAAGUCACCGUGGUCGGUGUUGGACAGGUUGGAAUGGCCUGUGCGUUCAGCAUCCUAACAAAUGACGUAUCCAAUAACGUGGUGCUGGUCGACGUGAUGGCGGACAAGUUGAAAGGGGAGAUGAUGGACCUACAGCACGGUAGUGUCUUUCUAAGAAACGCGAAAAUCAACGCCAGCACGGAUUACGCGUCAACAGCGAACUCGAGACUUUGCAUCGUGACCGCUGGUGUACGACAGAGGGAAGGAGAGUCGAGGCUGGACCUCGUUCAACGUAACACAGACAUCUUCAAAGGCAUCAUUCCUCAGCUGGUCAAAUAUAGCCCGGACACGAUCCUUCUGAUCGUCUCGAACCCGGUGGAUAUUCUAACGUACGUCGCCUGGAAACUAUCCGGCCUGCCAGAGUCACAUGUGAUCGGAAGCGGUACUAAUUUGGACUCCGCUCGAUUCCGUUUCCUACUUUCGCAAAAAUUGGACGUCGCGCCCACAUCCUGUCACGGAUACAUUAUCGGAGAGCACGGUGACACGAGUGUGCCGAUAUGGUCGGGCGUCAACGUUGCCGGCGUAAGGUUGCGUGACCUGGACGAGAACGUCGGUACCGACAAAGACACCGAAAGCUGGAAGGAUUUGCACAAAAACGUAGUGAACAGUGCAUACGAGGUGAUCAAACUAAAGGGCUACACGUCGUGGGCUAUUGGUCUGAGCGUCUCGAACAUUGCAGCAUCCAUAUUACGACACACUGGCCAAAUUCACGCCGUAUCUACCAGAGCUACCGAGUGCCACAACAUCAGUAAGGAUGUUUUCCUGUCUCUGCCUUGCGGUUUGAACAGCAGCGGCGUUUUCUGCGUGGUCGAGCAGAAAUUGACACCGGAGGAGUUGGGUCUUUUGCAAAAAUCCGCCGAUAAGAUGUACGAGUUGCAGAAAGACUUGAAAUUAUAAAUAACGGACGACAUUUUUUUUUUUC